AUGAGUAGAGAAAGAAAUCAACUAAAAAGCGAUAACCUUCCUGCUUUAAACGAGUCAAAAUCCAAACAUUACUUUUUUUCUCCUGUAAAAGACUUUAAGCAGUAAAAGAUAUAGCAAAUAAAGUAGAAUCAAUUGUCUUUGAGUACUGAUAAAACUGAAUUUUAGAGCUAUCUCAAAGCAAAAUAUGAGAAAUAAAUUAUUAAGGAACAGAGUAUGUAAAAUAAGAAUAAUAACCAUAUAAACACGAUGAAUACAACUAUGGCUUAAAAGAUUAUAGAUAAAAUUUUUAUAAAUAGUCCAUCUAAGAAAAUUACUUCCUAGCAAAUGAGCUAGAGCAUGCUUGACGUCCAAGUUUUAAGUCAGUCUACUCAAAAUUUAGGUUAAAAGUUCACUCUUAAAAACAUGCUUUUUAACCACCAAAUUUGCUAGAUCUAAAAUAAAAAUAAUUUCGUAAGCUAGCUUGGAGUUCAAUCACCUUUUAAAAGUUUGAAAAUAUAAAUAAAAAGCGGAGGAGAAGAAGAAUUAAUGAAGACCAAAUUAAAAAAUGGUCAAUGGACUUCAACUGUCGAACUUCAAAAUCUUAGGUCACACGGAAAUCUUCCUAGCGAGAAUGUUAAUAAAUAUGUUUCACCUACAAAAUUAAAAGUUUCUAUGCCUCUGAUGGAAGAAAUAUAACAGAUAAACGAAGAAGAUAGAAUAAAUAAGUAGAAGAGAAACGCAGCUACAAAAUUAUAAAAGAAAUAGAUUUUGGAGCUCUCUAAAGUGAACAAAAAACUUGAAAAAAUAAAGCAUUAAAAAACAAACAGUCUUAACUUUUUGCCUUAGAAUUCAUAUAUCCAAUUAGCUAUAAAUUCUUGCUAAAAUAUUUGCUUGAAUUCUUAAACUAAUACAGCUCAAACAAAACCAUAGCCACAAAAAUAAUAGCUAAUACACUAGAAGGAGAGUUAAAUAAAUCGAAAUGAUAACGCAAACAGCAACAAUAAUGAUUUUUCAAAUUGUUCAUCAAUUACAAAUAUCCCCAUAAGCAAUGCCAACAAUACUGGCUUUAAUAAAAUAAAUAAAUAGCCUUCUCUAGAUGAUAUUCAUUUUAAUUGCAACAACAAUUCAUAGAAAAAUGAAGGCAAAAGUUUUAAUAUUUUUACUAAUUCUAAUACAAACACUGCUACCAAUUUUUUACCAGGCUCAGAUAAAAAUAUAACAAAUCUCAUAUCGUUUGAAAACCAAUCUAAUUUAGAAUUAAAUAAUUUUAAUUUAGACGAUAACUAGCAUUCUAAAUAAAAUAAUGGUCAUCAUCAAAUUUUGUAACGUUUUGCAAGCUUACAAUAGAGUAGUAUUAAUAGCUCUCUCAACCAUUUCAACCUUAAAAAUAAUUUAAGACAAAAUAUCAUCAACAAAGAAUAUUCAAAUUUACCAUAAUAAAGUGAGACAAUUAAAUUUAAUCUUAAAAAUUAAAAAGAAAUUUAAAGAUAAUCAAAAGAAGAUGAAUAAAAAUAAAAUGAUUAGCAAAAAUAAAAUUCUUUUAAUAAUUGCUUGAAUAUAUCAAAGGAAGAUUUUUAUAAUGCUUAAAAGUAAGAAAGUAGCAAAUAGAUUUAAAUAAAUUCUUUAAUUCAAAUAGAACCUAAUUCUAAGUCAGAAACUCUAAUAGAGCCUCUUUUCUAAGGGAAAUCAAAUUUGAAUUCUAUAAUUUUAGAAAUUCCUAAAAAGGCAGGAUAUUCAUCAAUGAUUUAAUUGGAAGUCCAUGAAGAAGAAAUUGAAGAAACCAUAGAGCCAAAAAUUUAACCUAAAUCUAUGAUAAUAAAUAAUUUAAAAAAUGAGUUUUUACAAGAAAACUCAUAAAUUUCCAAUAGGAGCUAUUUAAAUCAAAGCAAAGAUGAAAUAGAUACCAAUAAAUUUAAGAAGUCGACUGAUAAUAAUCAUUAGCACCUUUAAAAAUCUAAAAGCAACUUUAUAUUUUUUGGAAAAAAUAAUAAUAGUAUGCAGCUAUAAUUAAAUAGCUAGUAAUCCUCCCAAUCCAAUAAUCCAUCUAAUGCAAACACAAAUAUAUAAGAAUAAAUUAGAAGAAAUCUCAAAUAGCAGCUUAACGUUUCAUCUCCUCUAAAUAAUAGAAAAGAUAUACUUAUUUAACAAAUAUUUUUAUAAAACCAAAAAAAUAAAACUCAUUAAUCACAUCAUGCUUCUCAUUUAUAAUCCCCCAACAGUCUUUAACACCACUAAAGCAGGCCUAGUCCUUUAAGAAAUCAUGAGAAUCUUACUCCUCUUAAUCUCAACAGUAUUACACCUAAUAGCACAAUAAAAUAAAACUCAAAUUAAUAGUAAUAAAAUCCUCUUUCGCCUUUGAAUCUAAGUCCUCAUUCUGAAUUAAUGCCUACAAUAAACAAUCAAUAAAAUUUAUAAGAAAAAUAUAAAAUUAAUUUAGAUUUAAUUAAAUAAAAUAACUAAUCAAAUAAUUUAUUAAAUCAAAGUGAUUCUGUAUGUAGUUUAGAUACUCCAAAAAUAAUUAACACUCCAUUGCUAACUUCAAAUAAACAGUUGCUUUAAACUAGCACUCCUACUGCUUUUAAUCGCAAACGACAAGCUUCUAACAUAGAAAUUACACAUAAUGGAGGACACCACUCCUCUAACCAAGCACUGCUUAGCUAAAUUUUGAAGAAAAACACUAAAAACUUCAGCCUAACAAGAAACAACUCAACUAAUAAUCAGUAAAUAGUUAAUAAUAUUUCAUCAAAUUCUAAUAAUGUAAAUACGAAUUUAAGAACUUUAAAUUCAUCAUUAAACUCACAAUUUUCUCUUAGUUCUGCUAAUGUGACUCCAUAAAAUUAGCAAACACGUAAGAACAGCAUCAAAACUAAGUUCAACCAAGAACAACAAAAUGAAUACAGCAAGCAAAGCUUUUCUAAUUUCCUACAAGCAAGCUCACAAUAAGAACAAUAAAUAUAAAAUAACAUAGAAUAAUAAGAAUCAUCUGCUCAUAAAUAGAGGAGCUCAUUUUAAAAUAAUUAAAAUUAACUACGCUUUACAAUAGAUGAACUUUGCCAAGGACUCGAAAGUUACAUUUUAAAAGAUGUUGAUUUUAUGAAAGAGUUAAAGUAGAGUGAAAUAGACAGCUCUUCAUUCACAUUUUACAUCAGCAAAUAUUUGCAACUUUCUUAGCUUGAUGUAUAAAAUAGCUAGAAUUAAAAACAAAAAGAUAAGUUAGUCCUUUUCAAAAUAAAUUCAUAACUGUUUGAGAAAUCCAGAGCCAUUUUGUAAAAAAAAAUGGAAGAUAUGAAUUUAGAUAAACCUUUACAGGAAAAAAUAAUUAAAUUAUUUGAAGACAGUAAACAAAGUAUUUUGGCUAGCAAUGUGUUUGAAGAAAUAGGAGGUAAAAAAUAAAUUAGAUAAUUUAUUUAACUAAUUGUGUCAGAUAUCAAAGAAAACACAAAUAUCCCAAUUUUAAACUAAUUCACAGAUCAAAAAGAGUUACUUGACAGUUCAACUUAAUUCUUUUCCCAUCUCUUUAAAGGAGAGUAUGAAUAAGUCAAUAUUUUAAGCUAGCAAUUUUUAAGUAAAAGCUUUAAUGUUACUUUGAUAGAAUACUUUUUACUUAAAAAUUACGCUUACAACUCUUUAAGAAAGGAUUAAACACUCAUCAAAGAAGUUAUUUUGCGUAUUUUAGAAAAAAUAGAAUCAGUAAGAUCUUGCCUUGUAUAAAAUUAUGAUGAUAAUUUGGUACUCAAUUCAGACUCUAGAAUUUAAUCCUUGCUUUUUGAUCUAGGAAUCCACUCCAAUCCUGUCCAUAAAUUUAUAAAACCACUAAAAAAUAAAAUUCUACCUGAAUCGUAAUAUGAUCCCUUCAGCUACUACUUAAAAUAAGAAGUAAAAUAUUUAAUAACGAAUCCUAAAUUGAGAAAAAUGGCAAGAAUGGUUGAAGCUAAUUUAAAAUCUAAAGAUGACUUUUAUAUAGUUUCUUAAAAUUUUUUAGAAAUAUUGAAGAAGUAAAAAUCAAUAAAAUUUACAGCAAAUCAAUUACUAAACAUUGAAAUAAGAAUCCUUAAAGUUGCAAUACUUCUAGGAAUAGAAGAAAGUUAUUUAGGUUUAUUUAAAGACAUAAGCGAAUUAGAGAGUUAGUUGAUUGAAGAAAUCGAUUAAUAUAACCAAUUAGGUAACAAAAAAUAAUCAGUUUAAGACAUGAAAUAAAGCCUUGAUAUUAAAUUUCUCUGUUUUGUUAUAGAAUUUACAUUCAACUAAUACUGUGUUUUCAAUGCUUACGAUAUUUCUAUUGCUAAAAAAUUCUAUUCCCUUAAUGAAGAGAUCAUUACGAUAUAAAUAUCUUCACUAGAAAACUUACUACUCAAAAGAAAAAAGGAAAGUAAAAUGUUCAUUUAGAUUUAAUAAAAAAUUCCUUAAUUUAUAUCUCUGUUAAAAAAAAUUUUAAUUCACACCUGA